CAAGCACAGUCAAGUUGGCACUCGGUCUGGUCUGAUCUGAAUUUGAACGUAGAGAGAACAAUACAGUUAUCAAAUUGUAGAUUCUUCAUGCGUAUCUAGAGCGUGGCCUUGACGACAGCUGGUGAGUGUCAGUGAAGAGUCGAACAGCUGAUUGCAAGUCCAGCCCACGUUACGCCAGUCAUGGAGCCUACCAUACCACGCAAGAAGAUACAACUGCAUUUGCACCUGGACGGGUCAGUUCGGCCCUCAACUGCUUGGGAGUUGGCACAAGAAAAAGGGAUCAAAAUCCCAGGCGUAACAAACUUUGAAGAGUUUAAGAAAGCUUGCAUAGUGUCAAAUCCAAGCAACCUGUGGGGAUUUCUGCAGCAUUUUGGAGUAUUUUGGCCUGCUUUUUGUGGAGAUCUGGAUGCUUUGGAGCGCAAUGCCUACGAGUUCUGUGAAGAUGCUCAAAAAAAUGGGGUUAUAUAUGCUGAAGUUCGUUAUAGCCCCACAACAUCCCUCGGAGAUAAGGCAUUCAAGGUAGUUGGACCACUAGGUUAUGACGAGGUCAUCAGAAGGAUAUCUUUUGGUUUGAAAAGAGGCGAGCAUGACUUUGGAGUCAAAACAAGAACGAUCCUGUGUGGAGGAUACUGUAAAGAGAGCAAUGAUCUCUACCAAACCCUCCGCCUCUGUCAGGCGCACUACUAUGAAGGUGUUGUGGGGAUGGACCUACUGACUCUACAGCAAGAACACGGCAUCAUAGAGGAAGCCCCAUUGGUGGAACCGAUCAUCUCCGUGUACCAGGAGGCUGCGCGAACUGGAGUUCACAGGACUGUUCACGCAGCAGAAGCGAGUGGGGCACAUUCUGUCCAGAGGGCUGUGUACGGACUGGGUAGUGAGCGCAUAGGUCACGGGUAUCAUGUGCUAGAAGAGCCCGAGAUAUACAACAAGUGCUUACAGGAUCGCAUUCACUUCGAGUGCUGUCCGUACUCUAGCCUCUUGACAGGUUCUGUCAAAACCGGUGGCAAGACACAUCCAAUUAUCAGAUUUGCUAAUGAUAGAGCGAAUUUCUCCAUAAGCGCUGAUGAUCCUACAGUCACUGGGCAUCAUGUUCAAGAUGACUACGCGCUGCUCGCGAACUGGGGACUUUCCGAAGAUCUCAUGGCACAGGCAAAUUUGAAUGCUGCAUAUUCAAGUUUUUUGGAUGAUCAUGGCAAACAUGAUUUACUUAAGACACUAAAAGAAGACUAUGCAAGAUAAACAAGAUUCUAAUUGCAAUCUCUGUGCCAAUUGUUAAGUAUGCUUUUUUAAACAUGUUUAUAUUCUUGGCGAAUCUGUUUUUCUACAAUAUUAAACUAUCAUGUAUUCUUUGACAAAUAAAGUGAAUGUGAACUGCUUUGUUUA